AUGUGCAGUUCAGUUGCUCCCAGGCUCUGGUUCUUAACAGACCGUCGCAUCAGAGAAGAUUACCCUCAGCAGGAGAUCCUGAGAGCACUGAAGGCCAAGUGCUGUGAAGAGGAGCUAGAUUUCCGGGCCUUGCUGAUGGAUGAAGUGGUGCUGACCAUUGAGGAUGGAAACCUUGGUCUCCGAGUGAAUGGGGAGCUCAUCACUGCUUACCCACAAGUGGUGGUUGUGCGUGUACCAACACCUUGGGUGCAGAGUGACAGUGAUAUCACAGUCCUUCGUCACCUUGAGAAGAUGGGGUGUCGAUUGAUGAAUCGUCCCCAGGCCAUCCUCAACUGUGUCAACAAGUUCUGGACAUUCCAAGAACUUGCUGGUCAUGGUGUGCCUCUUCCAGAUACUUUUUCAUAUGGUGGUCAUGAGAAUUUUGCCAAAAUGAUUGAUGAGGCGGAAGUGCUGGAGUUCCCUAUGGUGGUGAAGAACACGCGGGGUCACCGAGGUAAAGCUGUGUUCCUGGCACGAGACAAGCACCAUUUGGCAGACCUAAGCCAUUUGAUCCGUCACGAUGCCCCUUACUUAUUUCAAAAAUACGUCAAAGAGUCUCAUGGCAAGGAUGUACGUGUCAUCGUAGUAGGAGGCCGUGUGGUGGGCACCAUGCUCCGCUGCUCAACAGAUGGGAGGAUGCAGAGUAACUGCUCACUUGGUGGCGUAGGGAUGAUGUGCUCACUGAGUGAACAAGGCAAGCAGUUGGCAGUCCAAGUGUCCAACAUCUUGGGGAUGGACGUGUGUGGCAUCGACCUGCUGAUGAAGGAUGACGGUUCGUUCUACGUCUGCGAGGCCAAUGCAAAUGUAGGUUUCAUUGCCUUUGACAAGGCUUGCAAUCUAGAUGUAGCUGGUAUCAUAGCGGACUAUGCUGCUUCUCUCCUUACCCCCGGUCGCUUGACGCGACGCAUGUCCUUGCUCUCUGUGGUGUCCACGGCAAGCGAAACUAGCGAGCCAGAGCUGGGCCCUCCAGCUAGUGCCGCUGUCGACAAUAUGAGUGCUAGCUCCAGCUCUGUCGACAGCGACCCUGAGACCACUGAGAGAGAGUUGCUCACCAAGCUCCCGGGGGCUCUAUUCAACAUGAACCAGCUGUUAGCCAAUGAGAUCAAACUUCUUGUGGAGUGA